AUGCUUAACGACAGCGCCGCGUCCGUACUCGAUAGUUUUGAAACAGGAGUUCAUGUGGACUACGAACGUGAAUUCCGAGUAUAUUUCACUAACAGAAUGCAGUUCGACGUGGCCGGCGUAUUCGCCGUCCCUCGACAUCAGAUUACGAUAGUCCGACGCCUGUUGUAUGGAGGAGCCAUACGACCUAUCGCCGAUUAUGAAGUCCUUGUACCGGCUCCAGUUUUCAACCACUCGGUCCACGGCUCGCAGACGUAUUUCUCUGUGCUUCUCUUGAGUGCCGAAUACGCAAUAAGAGACCGACCUGAACAGGCAGUUGCCGUCGCCCCUUAUCGAUACGACUCGCGCCAUCGAUACCUCGACUAUUCUCUAUGCAUUUGCAACAUCACUUCAGUUGUCAAUAUUCUCACUGUCAUACGACAACCCUUUGCAUUAUUCGAGUUUGUACACACAAAAUUCUUGGGAUACCGAGCUUUUUGA